GAAACACCACCGGAAACAGAGGGACACAACGAACGGCUUGUUUUGGUGAUUUUGACAGCGAGACAUCAAAAAGACAUCAUUUUAACAUUUAUUCAUCGCUGUUUUAUUUUUUUAAAUUCUCGCGCUGAAGUUAUGAAGCCAGCAGUUGAUGAAAUGUUUCCCGAGGGAGCUGGUCCGUAUGUGGACCUGGAUGAGGCAGGGGGCAGCACUGGACUGCUGAUGGAUCUGGCCGCCAAUGAGAAGGCUGUACACUCAGACUUUUUUAAUGAUUUUGAAGAUCUAUUUGAUGACGAUGAUAUUCAGUGAUGAAGAGGACGGAUAAGGAUGAUGUUCUCCAUUGUAUAAAAUGUUCAUUGUUGUGCAUUUAAGUGAGUGAUGUAGCAUUUGUUAAUUCUUCAGUUCAUUAAUAAACUUGUGUUCAAUACA